UUAAAAAGGAAAAAAAAAAAUCAGCGAAUUCGCUCACCGGAAUCCGGACCCGCCUAGACUGGUCCGGAGAAAUCGCACCGUGUUAUAAACCUCCGAAUCGCCGUCGGCGUGAUUAAAAAACACCAAGACAGAAAGAGGACCGGAAAACAGGGACCGUUCUGACAGGGAGAGGGGGAAUUUUUUCUGAAAAAUAGCCCCCUCGAUCUCCGAUCACCGUUCCGGUGAACCUAGGAGACGGCAGAGAGGGAAGAUCCUCGAAUUGGCGCAUAUGUGUCAAGGAUUCUCAUUUUUUGAUGCGCCGAUCGAAUGCCCGGACAGCGAGCAAUAGCACCGACGAGGUGAGAAAGGACGACUAUCGCGAAAUGGAUGCCGUCAAGCUCCAGUUCCGGCCUCCCCGAUCCGCUUUCCGGAACCCUGCCCGGAACAGCCAGAAAUCGAAACUCAUAUUCUAUGUUUCGGUUGUGUUACUUCUAGCGUUUUUUUGUUACAUUUUCGUUUUCUCUAAAAAUAUUAGAGCUAGAUAUGCGGUAAAGACGAAUUACGGGAUUGUGAUCGAUGGCGGAAGUACGGGAACGAGGAUACACGUGUUUGAGUACGAGGUCAGGAAUGGGAAGCCGUUGUUUGAUUUUGGGGAAAAAGGUUUACAUUCGAUGAAGGUGAAUCCGGGGCUUUCGGCGUAUGCGGAGGAGCCGGAGAUGGCGGCACCGGCGAUUGCUGAAUUGGUGGAGUUUGCGAAGAAGAAGGUGCCGAGGAAAUUUUGGGGCAGAACAAAAAUUCGGCUCAUGGCUACUGCAGGGAUGAGGUUAUUGGAGUCUGAGGUGCAGGACAGGAUUCUGAAUGUAUGCCGGAAGGUCUUGAGGGAUUCUGGUUUUAUAUUCCGGGAUGAUUGGGCUUCUGUUAUAUCAGGCUCUGAUGAAGGGGCAUAUGCUUGGGUUGUUGCUAAUUAUGCCCUUGGAACUCUUGGUGGCAAUCCUCAGCAAACAACAGGAAUUAUUGAACUUGGUGGCGCGUCAGCUCAGGUUACCUUUGUUUCUAGCGAGCCUUUUCCCCCGGAAUACUCAACUAAAAUUAAGUUUGGGAAUCAUACUUACAGCCUUUACAGUCACAGCUUACUUCAUUUUGGUCAGAAUGUUGCAUUUGACUCAUUGCGGGAGUCCCUAACUGCAAGAGGGAAUGAUCUAGCUAUUGACUCCCUUCAAAGUGCUAAAGCAAUGGAUCCUUGCACCCCUAGAGGGUAUGCACGUGAAACAGAACCAUGGUUAUUUUCCCCUAGUUAUUCUGCUGAAAAGAGUAGAUAUCUAUCAACACUGAAUCCCAUUGGUAACUUCACUGAGUGCCGAUCUGCUUCGCUGUUGUUGUUGCAGAAAGGCAAAGAAAAGUGCCCACAUAAAAGUUGCGAUGUUGGUUCAGCAUUUAUACCAAAGCUACAGGGAAGAUUUUUGGCUACUGAAAAUUUCUUCCAUACUUCUAAGUUCUUUGGAUUGUCCCCAAAGGCAUUUCUUUCUGAAAUGAUGGUUGCUGGGAAAAGAUUUUGUGAAGAAGAUUGGUCAAAGUUGAGGACGGAAUACCACUCACUAGCAGAGGAGGAUAUGCUUCAUUAUUGCUUCUCCUCAGCGUAUAUCGUGGCCUUACUUCACGACAGUCUUGGAAUUGCUUUAGAUGAUGAAAGGAUUGGAUACGCUAAUCAAGCGAACAACAUCCCCCUUGACUGGGCACUAGGAGCAUUCAUCUUGCAGAGUAACUCCGAUCUGGAUGAAGAGUCCUCCAAGUGGUUUGCAUUCAUGUUCGGUGAUGACUUGUCUAUUUCAAUACUCGUGCUUGGCAUUUCCAUUUUGUUGAUUUUUGUGACAUUGUAUGUAAGGAAGUGGAGAAAUCCUCAGUUGAAGACUGUGUAUGAUCUGGAGAAAGGAAAGUAUAUAGUUAAACGCGUUUCUAGGUACUCAUAGCUUAUCUCCUCCUUCAAUAGGAGAGACUAAACGCGAUCCCAAGGAGGACACGAUCCAAUUGGACUGGACAUCACCCAUUCACCCCCGCCCUUUUUUGCCUGCCCGAUUCAGUCGAAGCCAUCCGUGCAAAAGGGCUUAUUUUAUGGACACAAAACUAAGUUGUUGUAGAUAGUAUAGACAGCAGAAUGUAGGGAGAAGCAUGCUGUGACUGUUGAGGAUAAAUGGAUAAUUGGCCUGUGUAUUCAAAUAGUGUUACUGUAUAAUGUUUACUUCUGUGAAUUCAUUUCCAUAUUGAGUGUCAUUAUAUACACUAUCAAUACGGAAUGUUCUUUUUUGA